AGCGUUAGCAGGAUAAGUUAGCCGCUACCUCUUCCAUACUUUCGCAGAACAACGGGAAAGUUUAGCAGGGUUGAGAGACAUGGCGGAGACCAAGAUAAUUUAUCACAUUGACGAAGAGGAGACGCCGUACUUGGUGAAGAUUCCCAUAGCGGCCGAGAAAAUCACUUUGCUGGAUUUUAAGCAGGUCUUGAACAAGCCGAACUACAAAUUCUUCUUCAAGUCUAUGGACCAGGACUUCGGGGUGGUGAAGGAAGAGAUCUCAGAUGACAGUGCCAAGCUGCCAUGCUUCAACGGAAGAGUUGUCUCCUGGCUGGUGUCCUCGGAUACCCCUGCAGCAGAGCCUGUAGCUCCUCCAGUAGAGGUCCCGUCUCAGCCCUCACCUCCUCCUCCACCCCUGCCUCCACCUCCUGCUGAGAGGAUGGCGGGCAUUGGAGACUCCAGACCUCCUUCUUUCCAUCCCAACACCACAGGCAGCCUGGAGUCUUUAGAUGAUCAGACAGAGACGGAGUCAGUCGUGUCUUUCAGGAGAGAGAGACCUCGACCCAGAGAGAGCUUGGAGCAACAUGGGCCCCGUAUGAAUGGACAGUCCCGUUUGGACAGACACCUGGCCGGAUAUGAGAGCGCUACUACAGUGAUGAGCAGUGAACUGGACACCACAAGUUUUUGUGACUCUGAUGACGAUGAUACCAUGAGCAGGUUCAGCAGCUCCACUGAACAGAGCACAGCAUCUAGAUUGCUCAAACGCCACCGAAGACGCCGGAAACAGCGGCCACGACUGGAGAGGGCUUCCUCUUUCAGCAGUGUGACUGAUUCAACCAUGUCCCUCAACAUUAUUACAGUCACUCUUAACAUGGAGAAGUAUAAUUUCUUGGGCAUCAGUAUCGUGGGUCAGAGCAAUGAGAGAGGAGAUGGAGGAAUCUACAUUGGCUCCAUUAUGAAGGGAGGAGCUGUAGCUGCAGAUGGACGUAUUGAGCCUGGAGACAUGCUGCUGCAGGUGAAUGAUAUAAACUUUGAGAACAUGAGUAAUGAUGAUGCGGUCCGGGUGCUGCGUGAGAUUGUCCACAAACCUGGACCCAUCACCCUAACUGUGGCCAAAUGUUGGGACCCUUCUCCACAAGGGUAUUUCACCCUGCCACGCAAUGAGCCAAUCCGGCCCAUAGACCCAGCAGCUUGGGUCAAUCACUCAGUGGCUCUGACAGGGGCGUUUCCGUCCUAUCCCAGCAGCACAAUCACAUCCAGCUCAUCCGUCACCGAAACCGAACGCUUUGAUGAGUUUAACCUGUCUCUUCGCUCAGACAUGGCCUCGGUCGCUAAAGCCAUGGCAUCUCCAGAGUCCGGUCUAGAAGUCAGAGAUCGAAUGUGGCUGAAGAUCACCAUUCCCAAUGCUUUUCUGGGUUCAGAUGUGGUGGAGUGGUUGUACCAUCACAUUGAUGGCUUUCAGGACAGACGCGAAGCUCGGAAAUAUGCCAGUAACUUACUAAAGGCUGGUUUCAUCAGGCACACUGUCAACAAGAUCACCUUCUCUGAACAGUGCUACUACAUAUUUGGAGACUUCAGCAACUGUGAAAACUACAUGGCCAACCUUUCUCUCAAUGACAAUGAUGGGUCCAGCGGUGCUUCAGACCAGGACACUCUGGCUCCUCUUCCUCUGCCAGGGGCGACACCUUGGCCUCUGCUCCACUCGUUCACAUACCAGUACCCUCAUCCUUACUCCACCCAGCCUCCGCCAUACCAUGAGCUCUCUAACUACAGCUACGGCCCAGGCAGUGCAGGCAGUCAGCAUAGUGAAGGGAGUCACAGUAGUGGCUCCACACGCAGCGAUGGAGAAAAGAGAAGGGGCCCUAAAAGCGUUUCUGAGAGUACUGUGGGCGGCAGCGUGCGUGAUGAUAAAUCUCCUGGCGGGGGCGGAGCUGACUCACGUUCUGGCAGCGGCAGCGAAUCAGAUUACUCUGUUCGCAGCACCCUGAGACGAGAUCAUGGCUCAGCCACACCCAGCGAACACAGCCGCUCGAGUCAGCGCUCGCAUCACCGCGUCCCGCCCCCUCACCUCGCCCCGUAUCCGCCCGGCAUCCCCAUCCCAUACAACCCAAUGAUGGUGAUGAUGGUGCCCCAACACCCACAUCUGGCGCUUGGAGCACCACAUCCGCAAACACCUACUCUGCCGCCCCACCCUGGCUUACCCCCAACCGGCAUCCCCGGCGGGCCUCCAGGAGCUCCCCCGACCCGAGACCUGGGCUCCGUCCCGCCUGAGCUGACUGCUUCCAGGCAGUCCUUCCACCUGGCCAUGGGCAACCCCAGUGAGUUUUUUGUGGAUGUGAUGUAAUGAAGGAUGUACCCGAGUGAAGGAUGGAGGUUUGUAAUCACGUGAUAACUGUGAGUUCUGCUCUGCGACGGACAGAGAUGUAGUUUACUGUAUCAGUGCAGCUCUUUAGAGUUAGUGUUUGUCCUUGACGGUAGGAACAGGGUUUACGGAAGGGUAGGAAGUCUUGCAUAGCACAGACUUCAAAAUGCAUUUGGUUUUUGUGGUAUUAACCGCAACAGGGUCUGGCCUUCUAAAUAACUCUUCUGCUAAAAAAAAUACUAAAGAAA